AUGGCCAAAACCAAAGACACAAUCGCGGAGUCUCGAAAACACCCUCGCAGCGAGGAGAAAGAGCUUGCCAACAAUUUGACCGAAGUAUCCGAACAAUCUACACCCAUGAAGAGCGACGACAAGGAGAAGAAGAAGCGCAAGAAGUCCUCUGAUGAGUCUGAAGUGACGAAAAAAGAUACCAAGAAGCGUCGACACAGCGAGAAGGCCAACGACGAUGAGGAAGUGAAUGAGAAAUCUACAAAGAAAAGCAAGAAGGGUGACGACUUGAAAUCUAAGAAGAAGAAGAGAGUCUCGUUUGGUCCUGAUACCAAGAUGGCGGAUGGGUCUGAUAGCGAGAGCGAGAACGAGAGCGAUGCGGACGCCGACAGCUCUGAUAGCAGUGAUACUGUGACGAAUACUGAAGACUCAGCGCAGCAGUCACAAUCUGAAAACGAAAAGGCGUUAGAGGAGAUGAAGAAGAGGAAGCGCGAGAAGAAGAAAGAGCGAAAGAACAAGGACUCUGCGUCUGCGUCUUCUUCCUCUGCAACUGCGGAUUCGAAACAUUUCCAUGAGACACCUGUUAUGUCUUAUUUGAGCCAUUACUAUCAUGAUAAGACGACUUGGAAGUUCCAGAAGAACAGAGAGACGAACCUGCUCAAGCAUCUUUAUUCCGAAGAGCACGUUCCGUCUCGGUACAAUGUUGCGCUUUUGACGUAUCUUCAGGGAUUGAGGGGUGAUGCGGCGAAGGGCCGGUUGAGCGAUGGUGCCGUUGAGGUUGCGAAGGGGGAUAUCGAUGUUUGGGAGAAGGAUGGGAAGGAGGUUGAUGCUGAGUUCCAGAAAGGCGUGGAUGCUUUCAGAGACUUGUUGACUGACUCCGAAGCUAAGACGGAGCUUAAUGCCGCUGGACCAGCGGAUGGGAUUAAUGCCAAGGCGCGGUUCCAAAAGAGACUCCGCGCGGAGCUUGUGUUUUUCGCUAUUACUGGGAAACUGUUUAGUAUGGAUGCUAUUCCGAAGAAACAGUUUGUGAAGGAGCCGCUUGUUCCCAAGAAGAGGAAGAACCGUACUGCUGUGGUCGAUAUUAGCAGCAGCGAUGAUGAGACUUCCAGCUCUGGCAGUGAUAGCUCCGACAGUGACAGCGACAGCGACAGCGGGAAGGGCAAGUCUACUCCUGUUCUUGUGGCUAGAAAGACAGCUCCGGCAUCUGAUAGCAGCAGCGACGGUGAGGAUGAGGCACCUGCUCCCAAGGCUAAGCCUGCCAUUGUGAAGAAGCCUGCUGCUGUUGUCAAGAAACCUGUUGUUGUCAAGAAAACUGCUGCUGAGAAGAGGGCUGAGAAGAUGGAGAAAAAGAAGCUCGGAGCACAAACUGAAGAGGCUGCCCCUAGCAAAAACAAGAAGAAGCAGAAGCGCAAGUCCAGAAUUGUUGAUCUUGAGAUCUCAAGCAGUGAGAGUGAUAGUGAUUGA